CCUGUGUAAAGCAUCGUUCAUUAGUCGAACAGUAAUCCUGAAGUUUGUACGGGAGGGGCGAGAUUUAGCGCCGCCCAGCGGGCCCGGCCGCCCGCCUUGCGUGCGCGCAGCUCAAAUGAUGAACGUCACGCUGUAAGACAAGAGCCACCCACCCCUAAAAUUGUGCAAGUUUAAAAUGUGCUAGUGCAGUGUUAGUGAUAUAAUUAAUUAAUUUAGUGCAAUACAAAAAUGCCCAGAAAACGUGUGAACCGAUCCCCGCCGGUUGAGAAACGGACAGACGAUGCGGAUGACGACGAUUUCUUCUUUGAUGAUACUCAGUCAAAUUCAGGUCGGAGUUCCCAAGAACCACAACACAGAAACGCCGCCAACGCACGGGAGCGAGCCCGAAUGAGAGUUCUCUCGAAAGCAUUUUGCAGACUGAAGACCACAUUACCCUGGGUACCAGCAGACACGAAGCUCUCCAAACUAGACACACUACGGCUGGCAGCAUCCUACAUAGCACACCUACGAGCUCUGCUACACGAGCCGAGAUCUGCGCACACGCCACCGCAUCCUCUUAGCUUGGCGUGGCCAUUUGCUUUCCAGCACGGAGGAACACUGAGCUGCGCGAUAUCACAACGAUGGAACAUAAACCCACCAAACAACGACUCUUCAAGCAGAAACGUCCAGCCUCCAAGAGAAAGCACCCAAGACAGUCAUACACACUGCGACGGCUACCAAGAAUACCCUGAAAAUGAUUACGAAGAACGUUGCUAUGAAGAAAUGAACACGAACGAAUCUUGCGCAGCAACUAUGCAGUAUUGUAACUAUGGUUAUAAAGAUAAUUAUUAUGAAAUGAGAAGUGAUAUGCGGAAUUCUUACGCGUCUGAUAGCAUGAUGAAUUAAUAAAUGGGGCCCUUGCAAAAUUGUAAGCCCCCUUGACCUAUUUUGUUAGUCCCCCUUUGGUAAUGACCAGUUUGUUGUCUCCUAUGAUUGUGACCUUUUCAAGAUCGGGCUCUUUAGUUCAUGUUACUUGUCCAUACUUUUAUACACCACUAGACUUAAAGACUUAACCAAAGAUUAUAAACCAACCAAAGAGAGUGAUUUUACAUAGUGCCUAGGUACGCUGUAUAAUAUUGGUAAGCGAUUAUUAUUUAAUUGGUUUCUUCUUAUAUUUUAAAUUAAUUAUUUAAUAAAUAUAUUUCUACGUGCGAUUGA